AUGGACCAGUGGAACGAGCUAGACGACGAGUACGCUUUCGUAUACACGAACCCUGACAAGGGUUCGAAGAAGGUGCUCGUCAAGUGCCUUGCGAUGGAAGAUAAAUUGCUAGUGGAUGCUCUUGCUGACGGGGCUUCCGAGCCGUUCCGUUUAUGGGGUUGGUGGGUUUUUCAUUGCAGUGUUGAAGACUAUGCUGGAGAAAAUCGGGGUACCAAUUAUUCUGCGCAAUAUAAGAAUCUGGCGGAGCUGGUGAAGAAACUGGAUACUGAAGUCCUUUCUAAAUUAGAUGGAUCCUCCCUACCCAUUUCAUCAGAUAACGCUUCAAGGUAA